AAAAUGUCUUCGAUACCUCCUGAAAUUUUCAAGUUUGUGACUUGCAAAGCUGUAGGGGACUUGCCCAACCUGUCUUCUAAAAGCCCAGCGAUCAUUUCGAAGAGCAAUCAGAAUUCGGUUGCCUGCGCCAAUAAAUAUGACCUAUUGGUUGCGGCGUUGAAUGUUCCGAGGGCCUCUCUGUCGUCAUUUACAGUGAAGAAUUUUGACGAACAUCAAGAAGCUACUCAACAUUGGGGGUUGAUUAAUGGGUUGAGUUUUCCUCUCACUUUAAAUCAAAACUGCUCAUCAGUGCUGCACGUUCUGUUCUCUUGGGACGACCAAUUGUUUGUCACCAUCGCCCAGGAAAUUAACUCGAUAAUGAUGCGUUACUUUUUGACAGAUGGUCUGAAUGAAUUAGGAUCACAUGAUUUUGGACAGAUUUGCCCAACAUGUAUUAAAUCCAACCCGUGUGGCAAUGUUUUUGCGGUCUGCAUGAACGACAGAAGUGUUCAAAUUUGGAACUUCGAAAGUCGAAAACUCUCUGUGACCCUGAACAAGCAACUUAAUGCUUCUUGUGCUUCUUGGAGUCCAAAAGGCAAACAGCUAUUAGUAGGAUGUCUUGAUGGAAAGUUUUUGCAAGUUACGCCAACUGGAGACAUCAAACGAGUUGUACAACACUCGCCUGAAAAUACAAGAGUUCUUAACAUCAUAUGGAUUGCGACGUUCCAUUUUGUUUGUGCCUAUGAUCGGGAUCCUGAUCUUGGAUACUUCAGUGUAGUGUUGCACAAGGAUCCUCAACAAGUACCAGUCUAUACAGAGAUUCAAGAUGUCAUUAUGAGUAGUUUUGAUAUUGACCCAAACAUCGAGUUGAUAGCCUUUAUGCACUUUAUACCUGAAUGGAAACUGAUAAUUUGUGCAAGCUCGAAGUCAAGUGAAAUCGGAGUAAUAGCUCAUUUGAAGCACAGCGAUACAUGGGAUUGUUUGAUGUUAGAUGAAAAUGCCCGAGCACAGUUACCAGUGCCUAAAGAUUCGAUUAAAGACCCUCUAUGCGCCGGCUUGGCUGUUAGCUUCUGUUCGCAAAGAUUUGUCGGAGCUGUAACAACCGCGGACGGUGAAACAAAACCAGGUAAACAAUACCCUGUUUUGUUCGCGCUUACUCAUUUUGGGUCUGUUCACGCGUUUUCAAUUGCUUACGAUUUGCCAGACAAUCCACUGUUGAAUAUACAACCAUUGAAGUUUGCGAGAUUAAAUCUUCAGCAGCCGGGAGUAAUCAACCAAUCCGGGUCUCAAAGUUUGAAGUCUCAAGCAAUGAACCAAAUUACGAGCCAUCGGCCAGUUCUGAUCCAGAAUCAGCAUCAACCAGUAUCUAUGGCUCAGCAACCUGAAUUGGUCAAUUCUGUUAACCAGUUCACGCCUAAUAAAAUAUCGUCUCAGAAUACGGUGUCUAAAGGUCCUUCGGUCCAAAAAGUUGCUCAAAGGCAGAAUAAGGAAAAUGAUGGCCACCAACCUCUGCAGAUGCAGAAUUUAUCAGGCGUUUCGAAAGUGGAAAAUAAACAACCGGACGCUGCUCAGGCGAUAAAGGAGAAACAAAAAUUAGAAGAAGCGGCUCAAAAUCAAGAGUUGAUCAAAGCGACAAAAAACAUUAUGGAUGCAUUUUCAAGCGACCUUGAAAAACUGAAACUCGAGGCGGCAAGUCAGAAACCUAUAGCAGAUAAGUCAUACGCUCCGCUGCAAAAUAACACACAAACUAAUGAGAAGUUUAAAAAUGAACUAAAAAUUCAACUCGAUAGUUUGAUCUACGAUGUACAAAUGUUGAAGAAUUCUCAUCUGCAUACAUUUAACAUUGCGAAAAGAGCAAAAGUAUUUCAAGAACGGCAUAAUGAUGAAAAAUACGAGUCGUACUUGAAAAGUGCCCCCUUACCACCUGAAUUGCAAAAACUGGCGGAUUCUAUACAGAGUAGCGAAGGUUUCAUACAGCUCAGAUCGAAUGAAGUUUUGUCCAUGAUCGAAAGUCUAGCCUCACGUGAACGAAAGAUGAAGAAAGGAGAAACUGAAUACUACACGAUGAUAAAUGCUGUCUUGCAGAACAACUACAAAACUAUAAUGGCUUUGGGGCAAAAGUUGGACAAUUUAGCAGCUAAGUAUGACCGAAAAUGCGAUAUGACAACAUUCGACGGCUGUGGUGAUAGUCUAGGCUUAUACUCAAAAAGAGGCGAGAUGUCAACCUUAGAUAUAAAUUGUUCUCUGAAGGGUUUAAAUCUUUCAGUUGACGAUAGCACUGUUGGAGGGAUAAGACCUGAAUCGAACAGAUCAAAGGAAACAGAUCCGGAAAGUAUAUCAGCUUUGAGGGAUUAUUUGUCCAGAAGAACACAAGCACCAGUGACACGAGUUGCAGUUGAGCCUAAAAAUAUCAAAAUUGAACAUGUUAAUCUGAGUGGAAAAGGUUUGGAAGAUGUUAAAUCAUCAACUGUGUGGGGGAAAUCAGUUUUGAACUUCGAUGAGCAAUCUAGUUCUUCUGCAAAAGAGCAAUGGGAUAAUAGCGGGCAACUUCAAUCAUCAAAAGGUGAAGAUAGAGUAAGGAUGUUAGAGAAGCUUCGCGAAAGUGUCUAUUUGAGUCAGCAACCUCCAUCUGACAAGGACGCACCAGUAGUCAACGUCAAAGAUUUGAACCUCGUAUCGUCGGCAAACGCUACGAAAACAGUUCCUGGGAGUCUUUCACACUAUCAGCAGCCAAACUUAAACGUAAAGCAAGCAGAACUUAAUGUGCAACUGCAAGUCAAGCCGAAUCUUGGGUUCUCAAACGUCCAAUCGACACAGAAACCGGAGAACAAACCAGUCCCUGUGGUUCCCUCGAACCAGUCCUUGCUAUUUCCAGGACAUGAAAGAGGCGCGAACGCUAGUGCAUUUACAAAACCAGUGGCAGGAUUAGGAUUUGCGUUGGCUAAAGAUCAGGAGCCGAAGUUUGAGAGUCAAAAUUUUGUGAACGCAGAGAGUUUGAAUACAAGUGCAAAUGUUCCUGCUUCCCCUAAGCCCAAGAGAGACGAUACUCAACAGAAAUUCAAUAGUGGUCCUCCUAAUGCGUCAGCUUCAAAUCUCCAGCCGUCUUCUAUGCAAAAACAGCCAGCAUCAGGAGCAAGUAUUUUUGGAGUUCCGAUGAAAUCUGCUACUGGUGCAACGGUAAAUGAAGCGGCAAAAGAAAUGCCACCAAAUGUUGUGCUUUCAGCCAGUGCAAAUGAAAACACGCUUCACACGUUCUCAAAGCAGAAUAUUGCGAACAUGGGAAAUAUUAUGAAAAGUGCAUCUAGUCCAAACCUGAAUCCCGUGGGACAGGGCUCUAUGCAUCAAGGCCAAUCUCAAAUUAAACUGGGAAGCUUUUUUGGGAAUGUCGGGAAGCCCCAAGAUUGCAAAGAUGCUCCUGAUAGCAUUUUAAAAUCGAUGCUGGAACCGAUUAGCAACAAGCCACUGGAUACAAAUACGGCACAAAAGAACAAGUCCAGUAUUUUUGGAUUGCCGUAUGCUAGUGAAACUCCCUUUACAACUGCGAGUGAUCUGAACACCAAACCUUCAAGCGCAAAUGAAAGUACAAAAAUACCACAAUCAAUACUGGGUUUGCCAAACGAAAAUGAAGGAACCGAAACGCCACAAUCGAUACUGGGUUUGCCUGCGUCUGCAACGGCAAACAAUGCAGAACAGACGAAUACAAGCAAACUAAGUUUAUUUAGUCUCCCCCCACAACAAAAAAGUAAUGAAGGACUUUCAAUUUUUGGUAAACCCAAUGUUCAAAUGGGCCAAUCGAUCUUUUCUGGCGUCAAUUCAACGUCGAACUCGAGUAAUAUUUUGAACCUGGGGCGAAAUAGUACAAGUGACUCAUCUAAUAACUCUCAACUAAAAGCUAAUGAGAAUACAACAGAAACAAGCACACAAAGCACACAUGUAGCGGAUACAACCUCUUCAAUAUUCGUGAAUGCUGCGUCAAUAUUUCCAUCAAAUGAUACAAAAAAUACGUCAUUACCUGCUAGUUCUUCUCAAGGUAUGGCCCUUACCAGCCAAUCUAAAUUAUUUGGACGACAAGGAGCCGCACCCACAUCGGCAUCAGAUUCUUUUUUCAGUCUGCCCAAAACGAGCUCGGUUCCGUCGUUUCAAACUGCAUCUAUUCUGACUAGCGAACCUAUCAAAUCGAACUCUUCCCAAUCAGUAUUAGGUAUUCCUGCCCCAUCUAAAUCAGAAGUAACAACGUAUGCUCCAGCAUUGAAUCCGGUCUUAUCGCAUCCUGCAACAGCGACCAAUGCCGCGGCAAAUGAUCAACCUGGACAGCCGGUUCUUCCUUCGUCGGCGACAUCGUUAGUAUCCACAGGUGCUCACAAUACCACGCUAACAUCUAGUCAGCAAGCACCUGCUUCAGCUGUCUCAAGUCAAGUUUCGAAUAUCGACCGAAAAACACCUGCAGCUGCUAAUGUACCUGAAUUAAAUCCUUAUACUCCUGUAUCUGCACCAGCCACUACCACUGGAAAUCCUGGUUCAGUUUCUGGCCAAAGUACGACUGUAAGCACAGAAUCUGGACAGGCUUCGCUUUUUGGCACGCUAGCGACGCAAAAUAACCAGAAUGGUACUUUGCAAACACAAGCGAGCAAUUCAUCCAGUCAAAUUACUUCGCCGUUUGGUCAAACUACAUUAAAUGCGGCAGCCUCAAAUAAGUCACUUUUUUCCACACCAUCAAGCGUCCCUUUUGGGUUACAGUCUGUUGCCACUACCAAUCAGUCUUCGAUCUUUGGACAAAGUACAGCACAAGCAGCUGAUAAACCCUCAGAUGCUGGAAGUUUAUUUGGAGGAAGUGCUUUUUCAGGUCUCGGAGGUGGCGCCAAUGCUCAACAAAAGUCAUCCAACGUUUUUGGAAGUCCAUUUGGUGGAUCAUCGGUUGCUCUAACUUCAGAUGCCUCUACUGCAGCAUCACCUUUUGCACAAAAUGUUUUUGGAGCUGGAACACAACAGUCACAAGGAAGUGUGUUUGGGAGCUCAGGAGCUAAUAAUGGUAGCUCAGUGUUUGGAUCCCAAAGCGCUAGAACAAAUGUCUUUGGAUCCCCUGCAGCUGCUCCUGUAUCUGGAAGUCCUUUUGGUGCAACAUCUGGUGGAUCUGUUUUUGGUCAAACCGGAGGUUCGCCUUUUGGUUCAGGCACAGUAACGACCACAGGCAGCGUAUUCGGUAAAUCUGUUGCAUCACCUGCAGCUGGUCAGAGUGCUUUUGGAACUUCGACAGCUUUCGGGGGAUUACAAGGAACUGGAGCAUUUGGCAGUAAAACAGUGUUUGGAAUUGGUGUUUCGAAUCCAGCUUUUGGUGGUGGUGCAGUUUUUGGAGCCGGAAGGUCCAAUUCGGUUUUCGGAGGAGCAGCAGCUCCAAGCAGUGGAGGACUUUUUGGAGGUACCUCCACGGGAUCCAACGUGCCAACUUUUGGAGCUUUAGCUUCAGGAAUGGGCUCUGGUGCUCCAGCUUUCGGAAGUGCAGCUUCUAGUGGAAAUUCUGGAUUUGGUUCGAGCGCUUUUGGAAGUGCAAUGUCAGGAAGUGCUUUUGGAGCAGCUAAUGUGCCUAAAAGCAGUUUUUCAUCUUGGAGAUAAAUGUAGUUGCUCCCGAAAAGACUGUCAUUAAAUCACAGUGUCCCUGCUAUUGAACUUAAUUCGAAAUAACUUUUGUUUGUUUUCGCUUUUAUUUAUACUAAUAAUA